GCUUUGCAGAAAUAAAUGGCAUAUGAUCUGGGCAUAGCAUUUUACAUCACCAUAUGCUGCAUUGCCUUUAUUAUAUCGAAGAUCAUUCUUUGGAUUCUCCUUUAUAAGCGAUGGAAAAGAAAGACGAUGAUUUAUGAGGAAGGUUUCUCAGGAGGGAAGAUGGUGAUGUUUAGGUCUCCAGUGUUGCAGUCUGUCUCAUCUGAUGUGUUGUUAAAGAAGACAUUGAAGUUAAGCAACAAAGACAUCAUUGGUGCUGGAGGGUAUGGUACAGUUUACAAAUUAAUUAUAAGUGAUACCAUGGCCUUUUCCGUGAAAAGGCUAAAUAGAGGAACUGAAGAUAGAGAUAAAGGAUUUGAGAGAGAAUUGGAAGCAAUGGGGGAUAUCAAGCACCGCAACAUUGUAACUCUGUACGGAUACUACAGCGCCCCUCACUACAAUCUUCUGAUAUAUGAGCUAAUGCCUAAUGGAAGUUUGGAUGCUUUUCUGCGUGGGAAAUCAAUGGACAGUAAGGUUUUGGAUUGGCCAACAAGAUAUAAAAUAGCAUUAGGUGCUGCAAGAGGAAUAGCAUACCUUCACCAUGAUUGUAUCCCCCAUAUAAUCCACAGAGAUAUCAAGUCAAGCAAUAUAUUACUGGAUCAGAACAUGGACGCUCGAGUCUCAGAUUUCGGACUUGCCACAUUGAUGGAGCCAGACAAGACUCAUGUUUCAACAUUUGUGGCUGGAACCUUUGGAUAUUUAGCCCCAGAAUAUUUUGAUACAGGAAGAGCAACAGCAAAGGGCGAUGUUUACAGCUUUGGAGUUGUUUUACUAGAGCUUUUAACAGGAAAAAAGCCAACAGAUGAAGCGUUUCUGGAGGAGGGAACAAAACUUGUUACAUGGGUAAAGGGAGUUGUUGAAGAAAGGAGGGAAGAAUAUGUGCUUGACAGUAGCUUAGGUUCUUGUCCCGUGGAUGAGAUUAACAAUGCUUUCAAUGUAGCAUUAAUGUGCCUUGAAACAGAACAAACUGUCUUACAUACCUCUCCUGAUUUCCUCAACUUUGUCACUGAAAAGCAAGAGUGCUUUUUAAAUAAUAUCAUGUAG